AUGCUGCGGUCGAGGAGGGAAGCGGCAGGGAUGCAGAAGCUGGAAGGGAGCACCUCUCCACAUCUGCGAGGUGGCGUGACAGCGGCGAACUUGAUGGAGCUACAGGAGGCUGCUUCGCAGCUUCGCUCGAAAUAUAUGCAAAGGGAAACGGAAAACCAGAAACUGACCGGAGCACUCUGUGACUACGCAGCGCAGCUGGCUCAACUGCGCGCGAGCGAGAUGCUUCUCCAGAAGAAGGUGUCACUGUGGUCCAGCUUUCACUGUCUUUUUGUCCAACCACUCUACGAGACGCGUCUUGCACUGGGGAGGUACCAGUGUGAGGAGCAGCAGCUGCUGAUCCAGGAGUUGGUGCGGGACAGGGAGCGGACCGAAUCCCUCUCCAGCGUGACAAGGGAGAAACACUCUCGUGAGAACGCAGCCUUGAUGACGCGGGUGCGGAGGCUGCAGGAACAGCGGGAUAAAGAUGAAGAGCAGCUGGCGGCGGCAGCGGUGCAGCUGCGGAAAACUUGCAAAGAUUGCCACACCGCGCAAAAGCAGGUAACAGUGCUGCGGAAUGAUCUUGCAUUCUGCAUGGACCGUCUGGAGGAGAGUGAGCGGGAACGUGCGCGAUUGCAGCGUCACCUCUCUGAGCACCAAGCGGCCCUGGAGAAAAAACGGCCCGAGGUGGUUGGAGCAAAGCGGUAUGAGGAGGAAAUCCGCUCCCGAGAUGACGUCAUUGAGCAGCUCCGGCAGACUGUGCGGGACCUCAAUACCCUCCUCGCGCAGAAAUUAUCGCUGGCCUCGUCGCCGGGGGUUGAGAAGGCAGGUGGUGGCAGAGGUGUGGCGCAGCAGAGGAUGCUGCACGAGAAAGAACCACCUGUCAGCCCGCUGAGUUUGCGGUGCGAUGGCUGCUCCUCGGAGAAACUGCACCGGAGCAUUCAACGGCUGCGAGCACAGUUGGAGAAUGAAGCGGACUCGCCCACGCACCACUGUCGCUUGACCACUCAUGCCAACAGCCCAAACUCCCUCUCAGCAAUGCCAACCACUUGCUCUCCAUGGGAGGUGGAGCGGGGCAGUAGGAUCAGUGUUGAUUUGCAGGAAUUCCUCGCGCAAGAGCUGCGGGAUCCUUUACCCUAA